AUGGAUCAAAUACCAGCAUCCUUCCCCAACUAUCUCCCGGUUCCAGAGCUAGAAAGAUAUCCGCCCCUGGAGCCUUUCGAACACUGUGAGCAUGGGACAAAUGCCGAUUCCACCUUUCCUGACCUCUUUCCCCAAGGGAUUGGCGUCAUCGAGCAUCUCACUCCUCAGUUCGGCUCGGAGGUGAGCGGCAUCCAACUAAGCCAAUUAACGAACAAGGGUAAAGACCAGUUGGCCCUCUUUGUUGCCCAACGAAAGGUUGUGGCCUUCCGAGACCAGGAUUUCGCCCAUCUAUCCAUUGAUGACGCCCUUGAGUAUGGUAGCUACUUUGGUCGUCAUCUCAUUCAUCCAACCUCAGCUGCCCCCAAAGGCUACCCUGAAAUCCAUGUCGUCCACCGUGGCCCUGAGGCCAAAACCUGUGCGAAUGCCUUGCAAUCCCGCAAUAGCGCUGUGUACUGGCACUCUGACCUAAGCUUCGAAGAGCAGCCACCGGGUACAACCUUUCUUUACGUCCUAGAUGGACCCCCAAGUGGAGGCGAUACUAUCUUCGCGGAUAUGGUUCAGGCGUACCAACGGCUUUCACCUGCCUUUCGUGAAAGGCUACAUGGACUUACAGCUGAGCACACGAGUGCGGACCAUAUCCAGAGUGAGGGGGGCAACUCGCGCCGGCCAGCCAUCACCACGGCACAUCCAAUUGUGCGCACUCAUCCGGCCACUGGGGAAAAGGCGAUCUUUGUAAACGAUGUCAUCACUAAGCGUAUAGUUGGGCUCAAGAAGGAAGAGUCAGACCUUCUACUUAAGUUUCUGUUUGACCAGACGGCCUUCUCUCACGAUCUUCAGGUGCGGCUUCGAUGGAAGCCAGGUACGGUCGUGGUAUAUGAUAAUCGCGUGACCUCCCAUGCAGCGCUUUUUGACUUUGAAGACGGAUAUCGACGCCAUUUGGCAAGACUCACGCCUCAGGCUGAAAGGCCAUACGAGACGCCAUUUGAGGAAUAA